AGAUACCACACAGAGUAGUUCAUAGCCAUCUUCUGCACUGCCAUGGAUUCUUCUGAUCAUGGCCGCUAUGCCAUCUUGGCUCUUCUUCUGAUCUCUCUGUCAGUGCUAAGCAUGUGUCAUGUAUGUUUCGGAGGGCGCUAUCUGCUGGAAGCUGAUGAAACCACCAAGGCACCAGAGGAGGUGAACCCACAUGAUCAUCCCACUUUCCCAACAAUACCAACCUUGCCCAAGCUGCCUGAGUUCCCAACUCUGCCUGAGCCUAAACUCCCGGAGAUCCCCAAGCUGCCGGAGCCAAAAUUCCCGGAAAUUCCCAAGUUAACCGAAGGUCAUGAUCUGCCGGAGAUGAAGUUCCCAGAAAUCCCCAACCCAUUUGAGCAGCAUCAUCUUCCGGAGCUGCCAAAAUUCCCAGAGAUCCCCGAGCCAACUCUCCCUCAUGAACUUCCGGAUGUCCAUGAUCUGCCUAAGCCUACUCUUCCUGAGUUGCCCCAUGAGUUCCCAGCUUUUCCCAAGCCAACGUUACCUGAAUUUCCGGCAGUUCCUUACAAACCCACUUCACCAUGAUCACCGCAUUCACUGCAGGCCAUGCUGAUCAGCUUUAUGGCCAUUUUGAGACUCGCUCUCUCUGUGUUUCUUAGUGCUUUAUGUACGCAUGUGAGGUUGCUCACACACGUUGUCCAACCCUUCUUUCUUUGUCUUCUCCAAGUUGUUUGUCAUUUGUUAUGAUCGACAGCCGUUGCCUUUUAUCCAGAUGCUUUUGAUAUUAGAAAUAAAUUGACACCCAAGUUUUGAA